AUGGCGCACCCGUUGUUGGUAGCUGCGCCGUGUUACACCUUCGCUGUCGACAUCGAGGCUCGCGCAGAACCGCACAAGGUCAGGCCGCCGCUCCACGAGAAACACGCGCUGUACCACGGCAAACUAGCAGCAGCGCUCCGGAAUAGGGGUCUAGAGGCAAACGCCGCCGACGACAGCAACUCUCGGCGCCCAGAUGGCGAUAACGGAUGGUGGAUCACCCGAAACGGCUCGCUUGGUGUCCCUCUUGAUACGAGUAUGAUCUCCAUCGAGGCCGUUUCACCCGCCCUCGACACCCGGGCCGACUGGGGUGCCGAGAUCGAUACCUUCUGGUCGGCCCUGCGCGCCGUCUUCCACAUGCCGGAGCGCUCCGACCUGUGCGGCAGCCACGUGCACGUCGCCCGGAGCCGCGUCGAGCGUUUCACCCUCCCCCAGCUCAAGACCAUCGCUUAUGCCGCCGUGGUGUACGAGUCCUUUGUGACCGAGCUGCUCCUGCCCGCUCGCAGGGAGAGCAUCUUCUGCAAGCCCAACACCCAGUCCUCCGACUACCUCUACCGCGUGAAGGGGGAUCCUGGCGCCGUGGCGCGGCUCAUCGACAGCGCCGGUGGCGAAGAGGAGCUGCGCAACAUCAUGCAGAGCAGGUAUUUUUCAGCGAGGCUAACGCUACAUAAGAACGAGCUGUAUGAUCCGAGCCCUGAUGGCCGCCGCCGCCUCCCCUCUACAGAUAUUCUAUACGCGGAAGUAAGGAUGGCGGCCGCUGAGAUGGACAUGCAACAUCACCUCCCCGUAAACCAUGAACGUUUCAACGAGACCCUAAUUGAAUGA